AUGUCGAACUGUAGUAACAGUUGGCAGCAGAUGCUCUCAUCUGAGAAGUUCAAAAUGGGAACAAUUUAUAAGGAUCUUAUGCAGCAUCACCAAACUGUGAAUUGGUUUGUUGUUAUUGCAGGUAACAGAGCUAGACCUAGGGCUUUGUUCUGCUUGUGGCUUGCUUGUCAUAGACGCCUUGCCACAAAAGACAGAUUAGCAAAAUUUGGAGUUAUUCAAGAUACUCAAUGUUGCUUUUGCAGGGAAGCUGAAACUUUAGACCACCUAUUCUAUAAAUGCAAUGUGAUGAAGACUAUUUGGAGUGAUACUUUGAAAUGGCUCAAUAUUGUUCACACACCUUUGGACUGGACACAGGAAUUGAAUUGGCUCAUUCUUAGUGCUAGAGGCAAAGGAAUGAAAGCAAACUUGCUGAAGAUGGCUGCAGCUGAAACCCUAUACCAAUGCUGGAAAUUCCGGAAUGAUGCUUGCUUUGGUACCCCACAGCCUGUUGACAAAGUUGUGCAUAGAAUACAGGAUGCGAUCGUGUACAGAGGAUGGCACCAUAGGAAGUAUAGAGAUAGCAUAGCAAAGCUUUUGAUAUAG